AUGUCCCAAUCAACAGAAUCCAACCACCUCCCACCCUAUCCUCUCCACCCCUCCGUCGCCUCCCGCAUCAACCCCGAAUACGCCGCGUUUUACAACGCCCACAUCUCCGACAAGCAACAAGUCCACCUGCAACCCAUCGCCACGUCACGUUCCUCGGGCGUGCUCAUCCCAGGAGCAGGCCCUCUACUCCCCGUCGGCAGCACGCAAGACUACAGCAUCCCGCGCACCACGUCCAGCGGGCCCGACGUCAAAGUCCGCGUCUUCACCCCGGCGGGCACCAAACCCGAGGCGGGCUGGCCCGCCUGCGUCUACUUCCACGGGGGCGGCUGGGUGCUGGGGACCAUCGACACGGAGAACGUCGUGUGCAGCAACCUCUGCUCGCGCGGCGGCGCCGUGGUGAUCACGGUCGACUACCGCCUCGCGCCGGAGGACCCCUUCCCCGCCGCGGUCGACGACUGCUGGGAGGCCGUGCGGUGGGUCGUCGCCAAGGGCAAAGACCUGCUGGGCUUGGACCUCGACAAGCUAGCCACGGGCGGCUCGUCGGCCGGCGGGAACCUCGCAGCCGUCAUGUGCCAGCGCGCCGCCGUCGACCCCAACCUCCCGCCGUUCCGCCUGCAGCUGCUGUCGGUCCCCGUCGCGGACAACACGGCCACGCCCGAGACGACGGCGAGCUGGCGCGAGAACGAACACACCCCCGCCCUGCCCGCGCCCAAGAUGAUGUGGUACCGCCGCCACUACCUGCCCAACCAGUCGGACUGGUCCAACCCCGAGGCGAGCCCGCUGCUGUGGGAGGGGGAUUGGAGCAGGCUGCCGCGGGCGGUGAUUGUGUGCGGUGAGCUGGACGUGCUCCGCGACGAAGGCGUUUCGUUUGGCGACAAGCUGAAGAAGGCGGGCGUCAGGGCCGACGUCCACGUCUUGGAGGGCCAGCCGCAUCCGUUCCUGGCCAUGGAUGGCGUUUUGGAGGAUGGGAGGAGGGCGAUUACGUAUUUUUGUGAGGCGUUGAAGGAGUUGUAG